CCGCGCGGUAAAAAGCGAGAGGGAGGGAAGAGAGGAGAGAGGCAAUAUUUCUUCGAUUCGCGCGAGGGCGAGAGGGUAAAUCAGGGUUCUUCCUCUGGCGCGCCCGAUCUGCGCCGCGACGAUAGCUGCGGAUUUGUGGUAAGAUCGAGCUACAUUCUUGGCCGGGCGAUGCUUGCGAGUAGAUCGAGCUGCGGCGCGUCGCGGCGGAUUCGGCUGGAAGAAUGCUGUAGCUUAAGCGCUAAAUGUGGAUUCUAGGUGAGGAUACAAGGCAAAGGGAUGGAUCCUGAGCUUCGACGCUACUGCUGGGCUCGGGGGAUUUAUAGAACUGGAUAGAUUGUGGAUAGAGGUUACCUACAUUGUCUUCUCGGGGCAUUUCCAGGCGCUCGAGAGGAUGUCAGUAUGAUCUUUGAUUGGUGGAAGCUGGGAUUGGUCGAUUGGAGGUGCAAUGGCGUCGCUGCUGUGGAUUCUUUCGCUCUUGUCGGGAUGUUUAUGGGCUCAAGCUCAGGUUCCAGUGCUUACGAGAGCACCGGCGCUCGUGACUGCUCAAAGGAAUGCCACCUUUGAGUUCAUGGUAAAGAAUGCCUCGGGAGGAAACGAUGCUUGCAGUGACUGUGCUAUUCAAUGCAAGCUGGAUGGAUCGCCAUUUCACGAUUGCGCUUCUCGCGGAGAUUCUUACUCGAGUUUAAUAGAUGGCGAUCACGUUUUUGAAGUUUCGAUACAGACGGUCAAUUCUUCAGUAUCCGUGAGCUACAAUUGGACUGUCGAUUCUAUACCUCCAACCGGAUCAAUAACGGUUGAUAGAGAAUUUACCAAUGCCUUGAAUGCCACUUUGCAUAUCAUAUUAAGUGAAUCUUGCGCUGGAGAUGGUGGAUUUAAGUGUUCUGACAUUGCAAAUUGUCCUGUAGCUACCCACGGUCCUGGAAGUAUUGUGCCAUCAAGCUUGCGUGUUAUCCGACCGAAUUUGGAGUACAACCUUGUACUCAAUUUAUCAGCUGCAACUCAGUCGGGCCGAGUCAUUGUUGCGUUAGGAAAAGAAUUUUGCAGCGAUUUGGCUGGGAACAAGUUCCGGAGGGGAGACAACUCGAGUGUCAUUGUGCGCUUUGACAGAACUCCUGUUGAUGUUAACCUUUGGACCGGAAUCACGGAAGUUCAAGUGGUAGUCAAUAAGCAACCGCGAUCCCUGCAGGUGACCAGAGAUAUCGGCGACCUUGGGAUAUUUUUGGACUUUUCACGGCCUAUAGUCAACACGACUGAAGAGAUUCUUGGAGCCUUGAAUGUUACUGAUGGUGUUCUUCAACCAACAGAAAGAAAAAGUCACGGCAAGCGGAGAUACGGCUUUCUGCUCACGAAUAUCUCGGACUCCGCCGUUGUGACAGUACAACUUCAGGGAGGCUUGCAAAGCCGUGAUGGUACUUACGUAUUGCAGUCAAACCAUGUCAGCUUCUUAUACGAUCGUAAGAGGCCGGAGGUACUACUAUCCCCAUCGUCGUCCGUGAAAACAAGGAAACGCACUACCGGAGUCUGGAUUGAAUUUUCUGAACCGGUUUUUUUAUUUGAUUCAUCAGAUUUCAACUUGUCUGCUGGCAAAGUUACGAGGCUAAGCGAAAUAACUAAGAGCAAAUACUUCGCGGAGCUACUCAUUCCCGCUGACCAAGUUGUCACGGUGUUUAUAUCUGAAAACAAAACGACUGAUAUUGCCGGAAAUCCAAAUCUUGCAUCCAGCCAGCUGCAAGUACGCCAUUAUUCACCACCUGCAAUUGCAGUCGCUUCGUCUUGUUUUGUCACAGCGGGUAUACUUGCUACAUUCAUAACUUCGGGGCUGGUCUCUAUAGCCUCCACUAGUUUGGGGGGAGCUGGUGCGAUUACUAGCAGGACUGUGAGCUCUAUUGUGUCAAAUCCAUCAGGAAAUCUUCUGGGAAUGGCCGGACAUCUACAAGUAUUUGCGUUAUCAUAUUAUGCCUCAACGAAUUUUCCCGUUGAGUAUAGUGAAACUGUCCGGAGCAUGAAAUGGUUUAUCCCUCACGUCAAGCUUCCAUGGGAAAAGCAGCAAUCUAUUCUGAGCCAUAAGCUACAUUACCAAGCCAACAGUCCUUAUUCUUUGGAUUACUUGGAAACACGCCGAAAGCUGGGGUCCAACACAACUCUUUAUGGACCCGCGUUAAGCUCAGACGAAUAUAGGCUUUUCUUUCAGAUGCAACACGGAGAAUCUGUCGUUCUUGAAGGGAAAUAUAACGGAUGGAACGACUUCGGGAAGAAUAUGUUUUGGUUGGGAGUUUUCGGGGGUGGUUUCGUUCUUUUCCACCUGUUGCUACUCUAUUUUCUACGAUGGAGAACGGAGGCAACUCUCAGAGGCGCUCUUUGCGUUCCUCGCUUCGAGAUUUUUCUCCUUUACGUUGCUUUACCGUGUAUCUGUCAAGCAGCGGCCUUCAUCAUUCGGGGUGGUACAACGGGUGGGAUCAUUGUGGGAGUGUUGUUACUUGCAGUUCCAACUGGCUUCUUCCUCUCCGUGCUGAUGUUUUUGCUGGUCGCGGUCAUCUGGGGUGCAUUGGUUCAGUACAAAGAGUACAGGAGUCAGGCAGGCGGUCACGUUUGCCGGGGAGUAGUGCGUUUGCUACUCGGCGAAAGUCACAUUGGGAAGUGGGUCCGCAAGGAGGGUCUCUCGUCCAGUUUCAUCCCCAAGUUUGGCUUGCUGUUUGAGAACCGGAAAGGUCCUCCCAGGGUGGUAUAUGUGGACGAGGACUAUGGAUCAAAAUGGGUGGACAGUGAAGGCAAAGGCAUCGGCAGGAUGAAGCCCGUCAACUCCGACGAAGACAGCGUCGACAUGUCCGUCUCCAAAGCGCACAAGCUAAUAGGUGCUGCCAGAGUUUUCUACAUCAUGGCCGAUAUCGCAAGGCGUGCCACCCUGGGAAUAGUCUUUGGAGUGCAUCCUGGAAGCGAAGUCUCGUGGAGGCAGCUCUCUCUGGCGCUGGCAGUCACUCUGAUCCAGCUUCUUUACCUGGUACUUUUCAAGCCUUACAUUCGGAGGGGCGUGCAUUUGGUGGAGAGCGUGUCGCUGCUGUGCGAGCUUGCGGUUUUCAGCAUCGGGAUGGCCCUGUUACCCGACGACCACUCGUCCGACAACCGGAGAAGCCUGGGCAUCGCCAUGGUGACGCUGCUGCUGUCGAGCUUCAUGUGCCAGCUGAUAAACGAGUGGUACGCGCUCAUGGAGAAGCUGCUCAAGCUCUCGGCUCCCCAGGAGCCAUCGUUCAAGGCGGGGAUGAGGAUGCUGGGGAAAGGACUGGUUUUUCCAUUCAUCCCGCAGAGAAAGUGGCCCAAGUUCAUCACUCCUCCGCAGCAGCCGAGGAUCGGACUGGUCCCCGUGGUGCAUCUCAGCCCGUCCCCGGACUUCCAACAACGCAGCAAAGUUCUUCCCUCGAGCUCGCCGAUCUCCUUCACCGAGACGGGCGGUCCGGCCUACGAUCCAGGCUCCCCCUCGCUCGUCGAUCCUCGCAGCCUGGGCCAGCAGUCGAGGGCUUCGUCCGGCUCCGGGAGGCUCCUCCAACCAGCGGGAUCGUUCCACAAGGUUCCAGGCCAUUGGUCGAGGUCGGUGUCGUUCGAAGGCAAGAAGACGAGGCCGUCGAGGUCGGACACGAACUCGAGCGAGCUGAAAACUCUGCGCGAGCUGGCCAGGGCCAGCUUUCCAGGCUCUAAGAGGGAGGAGCAGCAGCAGAGCAGCGCCAUGGAUUCAAGCCAGAUAGGUGCCGAGGAUCAUCACGGCACGAGCUGAGCGAGCUUACCAACACACAACUUUUUUGUAACUCUACAAAGGAUUUAUUGUAAAGUGUUAUUAGUCAUUCCGUUGGAAAAUGGAGGACCAGCGCAUGUUUCGAUCCCGUGAA